AUGGCGGCCACCACCGAUCGUGCCCGCUUCUACCUCGAGCAAUACGUCCCGGAGUUGCAGGAAUUUUCCCGCAAAAAGAUCUUCACGCCCGCCGAAAUCACCGCCAUAACGGCGAAACGCAGCGACUUCGAGCACGUCCUGAAUGCUCGUGGUUCAACACCCGCCGACUACGCGCGAUAUGCCGUCUACGAAUCAAAUCUCGACUCGCUGCGGAAGAAGCGAUGUCAGCGACUGGGCAUCAAAGGUUCCAAGACAUUUUCUGGUCAACGAACAGUUUUCUUCGUGCUGGAUCGUGCGACCAAAAAGUUUCCGGGAGACAUGGGCCUGUGGAUGCAAUACAUUCAAUUCUGUCAAAAAGAGAAGGCGAAUAAGAAACUGGCGAGGGUGUUCACAUCAGUGCUGAGGCUGCAUCCAAGAGAAUAUGGAAUGUGGGUUCUCGCGGCGAAGCAUUACGCCGAGGGAAUGGGCGAUAUGAGCACCGCGAGAGGGUACAUGCAGAGAGGACUGAGGUUCUGCAAAGAUGAGAGGAAGCUUUAUCUGGAGUACGUGCGACUAGAGAUGGUCUACCUUGCAAAGCUGGCGGCACGAAGGAAGGUUCUGGGAUUGGACGAGAGGCGGCAGGAGAAGGCGCAGGACGAGGACGACAACAUGAUCAGCCUGCCGACAAUCACGGCGGAAGACAUCAACCCCGACGCCGGAAAGGGUAUCGAGGAGGUGGAUGAGGCCGCGUUGAAGAGACUUGCGAAUGCACCAGCUUACACAGGCGCCAUUCCCAUUGCGAUCUUCGACUCGGCGAUGAAGCAAGUCAAGAAUGCCGCAGAGGCGGCGGAGGAGUUCUUCAACCUGGUGUUCGAGUUCAGUGCGGUUCCUUCGACUGCUGUCAUCUUGGAGCACAUCUUGGACCAUCUACGCACAGCCCAUCCCAACACCGUCGAGACUGUGGUGUGUGAGGCGAAGCUUGCGCUCUUCGGUGUGGAUAUGAAUUCUGCAGAUUUCCCACCUGCUCUUGGGCGGGGUCUUGCAAGUCUCAAAUCUGGCACAAAUGCGGUACCAGAGAAGCAGCGGAAAAGGUUCGCUGAGAAGGCGAUCGCGUUGUUGUUGGCUUGGGGCGGAGCUCCGGACCAAAUGGACGAGGAUGUCUCGACUGUGCUUGCCGCUAGCAUGAACCGGUAUCUCAAGCUGGCUGGGCGGGCAAAGGAGGAGACAGGAGCGGCGUUAUUGCACAAGGCAAGAGGGGGUGAUGCGUGGAAUCAGGAACUCAUGAUAGAGGGUUGA